UUUCUCUCUCUCUCUCUCGCUUCCAUCUUUUGGAGACGAAAAUCCAAAGAAAACCCUGAAUAAAAAUCCCGAACAAUCCUCAUCGUUGCCAAACCCUAAUCCUAGGGUUCUUCAGGUGAAGUUUUUGGAUCAUCUCUGCUUCGGAAGUGGUUCUGGUAUCUGUUUUUUAUAUAUUUUUUUCGUGAAAAUAUGUGAGGAAUUUGAUUAUUGGAUUUUUAUUUUUAGAGGUUUUAUCUUCAUUUAUUGUUUAAAGAUUUGAUUUUUCUUUUUCUUUUUAUUAUUAUUAUUAUUUUUAAGCUUGUUUUUGGAUUAUAGGAUAAUUGCAAUGAGUUCUUGGGGAUUGGUAGAAGAGUGCGGAGUUUGGGCUCCAUAGAAUCUCUGGGAUGUUGAGUGAUUGAGUUUCUUUCUUUCUUGAUUUUUUGUUUUUUUGUUGUUUUUUUUAUUCCAAAAUAGUGUUUUUUCUUGAUUUCGUUGAGAAAGUUCGCAUCUUUAGUGGAUUAUUUCUUGUUUCUUGGGCUCUUCGAUGGUGCCACCCGGUCCGUCGCCGAGUGGAGCGCCGGCGGCGAUGACGCCGUCGCUUCUCCGGACGAACUCGGGUGUUCUCGGUGGAGGGUCAUCCAUCCAGUCUCAGCCCUCUUUCUCGUCUUUGGUAUCGCCCAAGACUCAAUUCAACAGUAUCAACAAUAACAGCAAUGACAGCAUGACCUUUCUUGGGAACAUGUCGUUGCUUAAUCACUCGUUUGGGAAUGGUGGGCAAACCCCCAAUGCCAGCUUGUUGGCCUCUCAGAGAGGUAGUCUUGGCGUUGGCCGAGCCAUUGAUAUGGUUGGUAGUGCAGAGCCUGAUCCUCUUUCAUUUCAAUCUUCAUCUGGUGCUGCUCAGGGGCAGCAGCAACAGCAGCAGCAGCAGCAGCUCCGAGAGGCCAAUUCUCAGAAUCAUCAUCAGCAGCAGUUCAGUGCUUCGUUCAGCCAAUCACAACUCCAGGGAGCAACCGGUGGUGCAGGCAACUUGGUUCCUGUGAAAUUCGAGCAGCAAAUGGGUAGCGGUGAUCAGAAUGUUCAGCAGCAGCAGCCACUACAAUCUUUGCAAAGGGGCAUUGGGUCUGCCAAGUUGGAGCAGCAAUAUUUAGAUCCAUCUUUGUUUCUGCAGCAACAACAGCAGCAGCAUCAGCAUCAGCAGCUGCCAAAUCAGUCACAACAGCAAUGGAUGUUGCAGAUGCAGCAGCUGCGGCAGCAGCAGCAGCAGCAGCAGCAGGAGUUAUUGAGGUCCAAAAUUCCUCAGCAACGGGUCCACUUGCAACAGCAGCUACUUCAGCAGAGUCUAGUAUCUCGGUGUGCUCAACGGUUGACACGCUAUAUGUUUCACCAGAAGAACAGACCAGAGGAUAACAAUAUUGGGUUUUGGAGAAAAUUCGUCGCAGAGUACUUUGCUCCCAAUGCGAAGCGAAGGUGGUGUGUUUCUCGUUAUGGAAGUGGCCGUCAAACAACUGCUGUUUUCCCUCAGGAUCUUUGGCAUUGUGACCUAUGCAAUUGCAAACCUGGCCGAGGUUUUGAAAUAAUUGUUGAAGUUUUGCCAAGGUUGUACCAAAUCAAAUAUGCUAGUGGUACUUUGGAGGAACUUCUUUAUGUUGAUGUGCCUCGGGAGCACUACAAUGCAUCAGGUCAACUUGUCCUUGAUUAUGCAAAAGCUGUCCAGGAGAGUGUGUUUCAGCGCAUGCGCAUAGUACGCGAAGGCCAUUUGCGUGUUGUUUUUAAUCCAGAUUUGAAGAUUGCUUCAUGGGAGUUCUGUGCUAGGCGCCACGAGGAGCUUAUACCUCGAAGAAUGAUGAUUCCACAGUUGGGCCAACUUGGGGCUGCUGUUCAGAAAUACCACUCUGCCCUCGUGAAUACACCUUCUUUCUUGCCUGCACAAGAUUUGCACAAUACUUGUGAUUCGUUUGUGAUUUCUGCCCAGCAAUUAGCCAAAGCUGUAGAGGUGCCUCAAUUAAAUGAACUAGGGUACACAAAAAGAUAUGUUCGGUGCCUUCAGAUAUCAGAGGUAGUAAAUUGUAUGAAUGAUCUCAUCGACUACAGCAAAAUGACCGGCUCGGGACCAAUAGCUAGCCUCAUCAAUUUCCCUCGAAGGACUUCCGGUAUGUCUACUGUUCAUUCUUCGCAAGCUCGACAACAACUAGAGCAGCAACAGGUAGCUCAAAACCCGACUAGCUUUGCACCACCAACCACAUUGCGCCAGAAUUCAAUGAAUUCCAGACAAGAUAACCAGAUGAAGUCUGUAAGCCUGGCUAGUUCAGUGCCUCCAUCCCAACCAAACACAUUGCCCCCCUUUACAUCCCCGGCAUUAUCGACAUCCAGUAACACCACAGCCAUACCAGUCUCUAAUCGCGGCGCACCUUUGAGGCAACCGACUGACACUGAACACGAUGAAUCACCAAGCUCAGUCGAGCGGAUUCUGCGAGAGUUAACAGCUGGGAAUCGACAGCAACAAGACAACAGCAAUCGAGUUUUGGGACGGAUUGGAUCGGUGAAGAACUUAAACAAUAAUAAUCUUCAGUAUGAUUGGAGAACCUCUUAGAAAUUUCGGCAUUGGAUUGCUUGAGCAGAAACAAAAUUUUGGCCAUCUAACUGCAGAAAUUCAAUGUAAGUUUGAGCAGCAUUCUCUUAUAUCUCUUAGUUCACAUAUACAUAUAUAUAUAUAUAUAUAUAUAUUAACGUA